AUCAAAAUGGUUAAAACAGGAUUUUAGGGUUCUUGCGAGAAUGGAGGCGCUCAAGGCGUAUGUCAAGGGCCCGGCCUCGCUCCAAGGCGAUAGUAGCGGCGUCUCCACGGCGCUCGUCUCUGUCUCGCAUUCUAAUCUCAAGAACUACUCCAACGAGCUGCGCCUGGAUCUACAUAGCACUGUGGAAUCCCUAAAAGAGAGGCUUGGGCGACAAUGUGGGACAUCGCCGAGCUACAUGCUGCUCCAGCUCUUCGAUGGAGACAACCACAAAGUCUGUGACAUGGCCGAGGGAUUUCGCCCAGUUGGAUUCUAUUCUCCUCACGACGGGUAUCGCGUCCACAUUGUCGAUUUGGAUCCCGGCUCCGUUACUGCUGGUGGAUGGCUGGAAGAUGUCUCGAAAGUGGAAAAGUUCACGAUCUCGGACGAUGCGUACAACAAACGCGAUGAUACUUUCAGGAAGUUUAAAGAGAAAAAGCUCGCGGAAGGUGCUUCACGGUCUGCUGCUACUGCGCAACAAGAGAUAACGGAUGAUUUUAUGGCCGAUCUAGCCGCAAGCAUCAAAGUUGGUGAUCGAUGCGAGAUUGUUGCUGGCCAAAAGAGAGGCGAGGUGAUGUACGUUGGUAGAGUGGAGGGCCUUCCCGCUGGGUUUUGGAUUGGAAUUCAAUGCGAUGAACCAGUUGGCAAGCACGAUGGCAUGGUGAAAGGCAAGCGCUACUUCACUUGUCCAAACGGUCACGGUGUCAUGCUUCGACCGGACAAGCUUAAGGUGGGAGACUAUCCCGAGAUUGAUCCGUUUGAAGCCGAGCUCGACGAGAUUUAAGCAAGUUUUCUAUCUUUCGAAAAACAAAUACCAAAAAGUUUGUACGUCUCGCUCAAGGAAACAGAGGUUGCUGCAACAGUCCGGUACUCUCUGGAAAGCCCAUCAUAAGAUUGAGGUUUUGCACAGCUUGGCCAGACGCGCCUUUGACGAGAUUAUCAAUCUGCCAAGCGAAAAGGAAAGUGUUUUUUCUUUCAUUCCACGUA